AUGCCUCCAUUAACGGACGUCCCAUCUCUAUCGAGCAAUAGUGCAUCCGAAGUCUCACCAAGGAGCUUGUCCUUGGAUACAAGAUGGGCAUCAGGUAUCGCGGGCCAUGAUAUUCUGGAGGAUGAUGGUACGGGAGCACUUGUCAUUCCCUCCCAUCAGACUCGUCUUUCUCAGCAUGUAUACAUCUGCCUCUUUCAUGUCCUUGACUGCCACCGCACCUUCGAUGAUUUUGAUGAAUGGAGGACCCAUGUUUACAGCCACUUUCGAACACAUGAGCCCCCCCCCACAGCUCGUUGCCCUCAGUGUCCAGAAGUACGAUUCAGCGAUACUCCCGACCACAAGGCCUGGGAUCUCAUGCUCGACCAUGUGGCUCUAGCCCACUAUCAGCAGGGCCAAAGUCUCGCUGGUAGCCGACCAGAUUUUGAAUUGAUGCAGUAUCUUUAUCACCUACGCAUCAUCAGCGUUGAUCAGUUUAAAGUGAUGCAAUUGCCACCACCACCAUCUAGUCCUGCAUACCACCGAUCACAGGAACCCGUCCGGGCGAAUAUUGGCUCUUCAGACGAACCAUACUGCGCUCCGUACAGUCGACGACGAGAGGAAAGAAUGCGGGGCCAACGUCGUGGGGUCAGCGUUGCAUGA